UCUCAGUUGCGUUCGAAUCAUCAAAUCGGAAGGAGCUUUCGCUAAACCGGUUGAGAAUAUCUCGAAGAUUUCGUCUCGAUUGGUACAGACGCACGUUGUAAGGAUAUUUAUUUUGUAAACAAGUUUCUAAUGUAAUGGUGUACAUUUGAAAUAAAGUCUUUUUAGAUUUUCUCGUGGAUUUAGACUGUUUUUGGUGGUGUUAUGAUGGCAAACUAUGGUGUUUCGGUCAAAAGAAGUGCUAGUGAUUUGGAAGAACAGAAUUUGAUGCUGUACAGAAAAAAGACUGAAGUAAGAAAUGACAUAGACAAAGAGCCUAAAGACUUAACAAAUAGGAAUAUGUUUCCCAGUGCCCAAAUCAAAAUGAGGCUUAUGUCACCAAGUACAUCACCUGCCACUUCCCCGACAAUGUCUAACUCUUCAUCACCAACCCCACCAGCUGUCAGCUACAAUAAAAUUACGGGAAUACCUUGUGUAGCUGCUGCUUCUAGAUAUACAGCCCCUGUUCAUAUAGAUGUGGGUGGUACCAUCUAUACCUCGUCACUGGAAACACUUACCAAAUAUCCAGAAUCGCGGUUAGCAAAACUUUUUAAUGGCAGCAUCCCCAUAGUUUUGGACUCGCUGAAGCAGCAUUAUUUCAUCGAUAGGGACGGUGGAAUGUUUAGGCAUAUUUUAAAUUUUAUGCGAAAUUCCAGGCUUCUCAUCCCAGAUAAUUUCCAGGACCUAGAUCUAUUAUUGGAGGAAGCCAAAUAUUUUGAUAUAACACCUAUGGUAAGACACUUGGAACAGCUCAAAAAAGAAAGGUUAAAAAACGGCUUGGUGUCCCACAAGCCCCAACCGGUUGGAGAUGACCCUGGACAAUAUCCAAAAACCGGUGAGAAUCACCGACUGGGCCAAGAAAUGUAUGAGUGCGUAGCAUUGCACGUGAGUCCGGAUCUGGGGGAACGCAUAAUGCUCUCCGGUGGCAGAUCGCUUCUCGAUGAGGUUUUUCCCGAAACCAACCAGGCGGUGAUGGACGCUAGGUCCGGAGUGGCUUGGAAUCAGCAAGAUGCUCACCAUGUUAUUAGGUUUCCUUUAAAUGGUUAUUGCAAACUAAACUCAAUGCAAGUGAUAACGAGGCUGCUGAACGCAGGCUUUAAGAUAGCAGCCAGUAAUGGCGGAGGAGUGGAAGGACAGCAAUUUUCUGAGUACCUGUUCAUCAGAAGAGUACUCCCGGGCUGACAACCUCUAGGAAGGAACUCUGACAAUCAGGAUGAGAAGCACAACAAAAUUUUUUAUUUUCGUUAAAAAAUAGAUCGGAUUGUAUAUUUUGACAGAGAAAUCUUUGCGUUGUGGUGUUUGUACAGGGUGUUCUGUUAAUGUAUAUUAAUAAUUUACCAGAAGAAUGCUUGGUAGCUACAUUGGGAUCAGUUUAAUAGUUUGCAUAAUACUUUUGCAAUCCAAGGUCCGAAAAAAUAUUGCAAAUUUGGAAAAUGAUGCUGGGACAAAAAAAGUCAGUCUGGCAAUUUAAAUAGUUAUAAAUCGGUCAACUAGGAGACCCUAGGGAAUUUUUUAAAGAUAGGCAGUGGGGGUGUCCCCUCGGCAGGCCGAGCAAAAACUGAAUCGGCUAUCCUCUUAUCCGAUUUUGAUAUUUUUUAGAUUUAGAAAAAAAAAACAAGAAAAAAAUGUUAAUUGAAAAUUGAAAAAGUCUACUUUUUACUUAAAACUUGUACAGUUGUUUAAAAAAUUUCCUAAGCUCUUCUAUUCAACAUUAUUUCAAUGAUUCAAAUUGUAUUUGAAACCUUAAAUGUCUUUUUAUAUGUGAAUACAUUUUCAAGUAUUUGAAACUUUUUUUGUUGGCUCUGCAUAAUUUUGAAAAUUAUUAAAAUUUGUGAAAAUGAAAAUAAUUUUUUUUUCAAAAAUUUAGUAUUGCAAAAACUACUUUUUCUCAAAUAAAGCAAUUUUUUCUAAUAGUUCCAAUUAAAUUUUAUUUUUGACCAAGCAUUUUCCUGAAAAAUCAUUCACUAAAUGUUAAUCAAUCACCCUGUAUGGUUUUAAUAUUGCUUUAAAUAUUAACAUACAAAAAAAUUAUUUAUUUUCCUUAUUUUUAUUAUUAAAUAAUGGUGUAACUGUUCACUGUCUUAAGCUGGGAUCCGAUGGAGUGUGAUGUGGCACGCUUCACAAGUUUACGUCGGCAAAGAGAAGUGCAAAAUAUUCAGGGUGUCCAGAAAUUCUACCGACAAACGAAGACAGGAGAUUCCUCAAAUGUCCUCAAUUCCGAAAAUGCUUCCUGAGGGAGCUAGAGUUAUUUGAAGAUUCAGUCUUAUUGAAGAAGAUUCAGAUUCAGAAGAAGCGUCUUAUAAUUAGUUUUUCUUAAAUACAAUACAACCUGCCACGCCGUCCGGAUCUACCGAAAUCUACCGAGAAAGGCAGUCCUGCUGUUGGACAACGCACGAAAACACCCUCUCAUCCCGACACAAUAGGACUAAAACAUGGCAAAAUAAUGUAUUGUAGGAUCUAUAAAACGUGUCUAUCGACGAAAGUUAUUGACGGCGUUGAUUACUGGAAUGUAUGAAUGAGAAAAUGUUAAAGAUAUAUAACAAAAGUGUUCUUGAUAUCCGGAUUUUUUUCAUAUCCGGAUCGGUCUGUCGUCACAUUGAUCCGGAUAUGGCAGGUUUUACUAUACCUCCAGAACGAUUCUAUUUAGAAAAACGAAAAUUGGUAUGCAUGUUUAUCUUCCAGAGAUAAAGAGUAAAUCCAGAGAGUUUUGGGUAGGGCAACGGUUAUUUUAUAUCAUAACUUUUUUUAUAUAAUUUUUAAGCAUUUUGACUCUGAAUUAUUAAUCUGUAAGGUAUGCUCGUACUAAAAGGUACUCUUGCUUUAAGUCGAUAGGAUAUACCGUUUUCUAGAAAAAUCGAUUUGAAAUUUAUUUUGUGAAUUAAAAAAAAUAAAAAAAAACUAUUUAGAAAAACGAAAACUGGUACGUUUAUUUAUAUUCCAGAGAUGAAUCGCGUUCUUUAAUUGCGAAUUUUUAUUACCGGCCGUAUGCGUCCGUUUUUGGUAGGUCAACGGAUAUUUUAUCGCAUAAUUUUUUGUUUUUAAUAUUUAAACAUUUUUGACACUAGAUUAUUAAAUUAUGUGGUAUCGUAGUACCAAAAGUUACUCUUGCUUUAAGUUGGUGAAAUACAUCGUUUUUUUUUUGAAAAAUUUUUUCAUUUUUUUUUCAAAUUUAAAAACGAAAAAUGUUAAUUUUGAUUUUUCUAGAAAACGGUGUGUCCUACCCACGUAAAGUAAGAGUAUCUUUUAGUACAAGAUUACCAACCUCUGAAUUUAAUAAUCUAGGCAGCGGUUCUCAAUCUGUGGUACAUGUACCACCGGUGGUACAUAUCAUUAUUUACGGUGGUACACAAAACACACAAAAACUUAAAAUAGUAGUUACAUAGUAAGUCUUGAUUAUACAAUCUAAAAAUAUAGAAAUAUAAUAAAAGAAACUUUAGAUGGUACAUGACUCAAAAAGAUUGAGAACCGCUGAUCUAGAGUCAAGAAUGCUUAAAAGUUAAAGACAAAAAAGUUAUGUUAUAAAAUAACCAUAGCUUUACCCAAAACGGACGCCUAUGACCGUUACUAUAAAUUCCCAAUGAAUGGAAUCGAUUUACCUCUGGAAGACAAAUAUGUGUAUACAUUUUCGUUUUCCUAUCUAGAACCGUUCUGGAGGCAUUUAAAGAAAAACUAAUUACAAUACGCCAUCUUCAAAGAGCUCUAGCUCCCUUAGGAAGCAUAUUCGGACUAGGUGAAUUGGGUUAAAUUGUCUUAAAAUUGUGUGAGGAACGUUCUGUCUUUGUUUGUCGGUAAAGUUUCUGGACACCCUAUAUAAUAAUGAAAAGAAAAGGGAGCACGGUUGGUACCCCACAUUCCUGUGAAAUUAAUAAAUAUUUACUUUUUAAUAAAUUAGGUCGGAUCAUUUCGAUGGAACGUAUCUACUCGAGUAUCGUGGGUACACCACCAAUGUUGGUGGUAGAAAUUUUAGAAAGUUGGUUAAUUAAUACAAUAAUAAAAAUUUCAACACAAGGUGGUUAGACCAUUCUAUAGUAAAAUUACCACGGCACUGACCGUACCAGUGCCUAGCUGAGGACUUAAAGAGGGUAUCAGCUUCUGACUUCCGUUGAACCGAUCAUUUAGCGACAAACGACGGGAGAGCUCACGCCACUCCGCACCGACCAUAAAUAGAGAGUUUGGUCCUAGCUCAAGGAUCGUAAAUCACAAAUUCUGAGGGAAAUAACGCUAUUUCACGUUGCAAUGAUUCCGAUCUUCGGAUUUUAUCAUUUUGUAUUUCAUAUUUUCUCGAGGCGUGCCAAGCCACGUGCCGUUGGAUACCAGCUUUAAAUUUGUACUGAAUAUUUAUUGAGUUGUUUCAGAAAACAAUAAUUAUUGUUGGUAUUCUUUUAUUCUUGUACAUAUGAUUAAUAUUGGUACUUGAGCAUUUUUAUUGAUCUCAAACAUAGAUCGUAUUGGCUGUGAUCCAACGAAAGUUCUCGAGUUGGGUCGACCACUUCAUUGUUGUAAUAUAUUACUUAUAUGCUGUAUUUAAUAAAGUAUUAUUUAAAAAAAAA